AAACGAAAAAGAAAGUUACUACUGUUAAAGUUGUAAUUUGAGUCUUUUUCAUUCAACUGACCUUCAAAAAUCUUCUUUUUUUCUGACUAUACAUUAGAAUCCAACAACACCAUCAUACAUCAAAUCCAAUCAAUAUGCAUCUAAUCUGCACCAAAACCAGCACAUUAAUAUCAGCAAUUCUACUCUCAAUCAUAUUUUUUUCAUCACCAAAGUUGACUAAAUCGCUAAAUCAAGAACCAUCAGCCUACGAAAUGCUCACUGAUUACGGAUUUCCCAAAGGAUUAUUACUCCAAGGAGUUACUGGUUACGUUCUUGAUUCCGCUUCAGGUAAAUUCUCUGCGUUCUUGAAUGGUUCUUGCAGUUUUUCUCUUGAAGGUUCGUAUCAACUAAGAUACAAAUCAAGAAUCAGCGGUUAUAUUUCUGAAGGAAUGAUUUCAAAUUUGGAAGGGGUUAGUGUGAAAUUAUGGUUUAUGUGGCUUGAUAUUGUUGAGGUUUCAAGAAUUGGGGAUGAUCUUGAAUUCUCUGUUGGGAUUGCUGGUGCUGGAUUUCCGGUUGAUAAUUUUGAAGAGAGUCCUCAGUGUGGUGGUUUUUUGAUUAGGGAAUUAAGUAAGAUUAGAUUUAAUCCUUCUGUAUCUUCUUUAUAAAGAACUUAAAUCAAAGAAUUUUGACUUAUAUCAAACAUAGAUGAAAAAUAAUGUUGACUCAGCUGCAAUUUCUGGCCUGAUUUUUCCUAAAAUUUCUAUUAACUGUCCAAUUUGAAGCACAAAAAAGAAAACGGGUUAGAUCGAUUUGGCGUUAUAGUUGAUCAAAGAACAUUUAGAAUAUAUUAUUUACAUUUGUGCUUGAAUUGUACUCAUUUUGAUUAAAGUUUGGUGAUUUGUUGCUUAUAAGGUGUAAAUGUGUAUCUAUGUUUCUGUUUCUUUAUCAAAGAAGAAUACUGCAUUUGUUUA